AAGAUGGUGUUAUUUCCCACUGGUACAUAGUCCGGCAUACAAUGAUACUCCAACACUGUGUCCACAAUGUAGUCUCCUUGUUGGGUGUCUGAGUGUGCAAGAAGGGGAUUUGGAGGACAUUCUGCAAAACAAAGAAAUUCUGCAGGGAAAUGAGGUUAAUUAGUGUUUUAAUUGUUUGUUUGAUCUCUGUCGUUGGGACUACUUUGGCAGCAUUUGCAGCAGGACCUCAAGCGGAAGAAAAUCUUAAACCCGUAGAAGAUGUGUGUAGUGGAGCGCGGGUAAUAGACGGUGUAGGAUACAAAAAUCACGAUUCAGACUGUGACAAGUUUUACCAAUGUUAUCAGGGGGAGAAGCUACAAGAUAAGCUAACUGUCCCCCGACAAUGUCCAUUUGGUCAGUUCUGGGACCAGGACGUACCCACGUGUAGGACUGCGAGUGAAGUGCAGUGCAAAUCAGAUAAGUGCAGCCUACGACAACUGAAUUCUCAUCCAAUGGAUUCCGGAAACUGUCGAACCUACUGGAAAUGUAACCUUCAGAAAUCAGUCGGAGAUUGCUGUCCAGAAGGACAAAGAUACAAGAAGUACCGGGGGUGUGUCAAAGAUACAACCUGUACAGAUCCAUGCCCCGGGGACUCAUUUCAUCAGGGACCUUGCGAUAGCCGUCCGAUUUUCGGGGAUCGCUCUCGCUAUCAACAAUAUGUCGAAGGUGGUGUGAAAUGGCACAACAUGACGUGUCCGGAAAAUACCCAAUACAGUGCGUUAGAAUGCGGCUGUGUUUAUCACAAAGGAUAUUCUACAAUAUGUAAACCUGAGCUGUACUUGCCCUUUAACGGAAAUUUCCGAGAUUAUUCUGGUAAUAAGAGAGAAGUAAUUAAUCACGGGGUACAAUUAACAUCCAACGGAAUGGCAAAAUUUGAUGGCAAUAGUUACCUAGAAAUAAAGAAAUUCCUAGACUUCAGUAAGGAAACUGAAGUAACUAUUGCAGUCAGAUUCUUGGAAACAGGAAAUGAAAGUCGUCUAAGGGCCAUCGUUAGCAACAGCAUAGAAUCAGUACAACCAAGUCUCCUUAUUCUUAAUAGUCCUAGCAAUGUACACACGAUGAUCAAAAGGGAUGACAAUGGGAUUUCUACACUUCAUACAAAACUAAACCCAGAAAACUGGAAUACUGUGAAACUUAUGCAUGAUGAAAACAAGCUGGUCUUGGCUGUAAACGAAAAAGUAUUGGGCUCCUGGGCAUUAGGACCUAUUCAGGACAAAAAUGAAAACUUAUUUAUUGGAAAAAGUAAAGGAUUUAAGAACUUCAAGGGUUUUGUUGAUGAAGUUGCUGUAUUCGCUUGCCGCCCAAAGUUUAUACAAACAUAAACCUACUUCUCCUUAUCUUUGAAAUCCAAAAACAUUUGUUGUUUGCAUAAAAAUGUACUCAUUUAAAACAUUCAUUGUUUGUGUUUUUCUUCUCACGUUUUGAGAUGCAGAAUGUUUGUAUAGAUAAAUUACUGGUAUCUAAUUCUUGUAAUGACUAAUGAUGAAUAAAAAUAUUUUAAAAUCC